UCCCCGUUCUCUUCCUCGGAUCUUCGACCCUAACCCUAACCCUAAUUCCCGAUCCCCCAAACGCAAAAACCCUAGUGGAGAGAGUCGCCAAUGGAGUUCGACCGCCGCUACGGCUCGUCUCCCCCGUCGCUGAAGCAGAAGCUCCGCAGCUCCGUCUGCUUCUCCUGCUGCUUCGGCGCCGGCGGAGACGCCGACGACGAGUACGGCGGAGAUGGGGCGCCGUCGCUCCUCCGAUCGUCGUCGACGUGGAUCCGCGCCCGCGCGCAGGAGAUCCCCGACCUCGUGGCGCGGAUGCGGCGGCGCCGCCGCUUCGCCGGCGACUUCGGGUACGACCCGCUGAGCUACGCCCGCAACUUCGACGAGGGCGCCGAGGACGACGCCGCCGACCCCGCCGGCGAGGGUUUUAGGUACCGGAACUUCUCCUCCCGCCUCCCGGCCUCGCCGGCGCCGCCGCAUGCGGCGAUGGAGACGUCGCGAUCUUGAGUUAGGGUUUACGAUUUGGUCUUCGCGUGAUUCUUCGAUCGAUUCUUUUCUACGUGUAUAUACAUACAUAUAUUCAUAUAUUAGAAACAAUUAUAGGACUCUGAAGGGUUUGAUUUGAUGGGAUUGUUUUUGGGCCUUUUGAUGCUUGUAAUUGUUGUUUAUUUAAUUUAAAACAGAUUUUUUCGGAUUAUA